AUGGUUGCAAGAAGUAAUACAUACAGUGUUAGAAGACCUAACCCUGCUGCUAAUAAUAAUAAUAAUAAUAAUAGUAAUAUGAUGAUGACGAUGGAUGAUCCGUUCUCACUGCAAUAUAACAACACAAACAACAUGAACAUGAAGAGAAACGCAAGCGUGCGUCGUACUAGAAGUAUCAAUGCUCAUAUCUACACUUCAAGUAAUGAUCAGUCCACAAGAUCAAUGUCGAUAGGUUCCUCUCCUUACGAUUUUGCUAAUAGUUUGGCAACACAUAAUAAAGGUAUGAAACCAUUAUUAAAUAAUAACCAAAUUAUGUCGCCUUAUCAAGUACAGAGACAAAAAAUGCAAAAAGCAUUUGUCUUUAAUAAUGGUGAAAUCUUUACUCCAAAGGCAACUCCGGUCUUCUCUGCUCCUCCUAUUACUACUACCACUACUACUACUACUUCGACUUCGACUUCGACUUCGUCUCCUAAGAAGUCGCGGGGAAAAAUAUCUGGCUUCUUUAAAGGCUUGGUUAGAAAUAAAUCCAUCUCAAGAGAGUCGCAAAGGAGUAAGCCUCCUGGUACUAGUACUCCCAUUUCUUCAGCUUGUGUACCAAUACCCAUCGUGACGGUAACCGUACCAACAACGACUCCUUCGCCAUUCACUACUAAUACAGAUGCUAACAUUUUACAAAGGCUAGAAAAACAAUGGGAUACUGUCCAUUUGAAUACAUCCUUUAAUAAUUCUAUAUCAACUCCAACUUUACAUUCGACCUCCUUUGGCUCGUCUUUAUCAAUCUCUUUAAAUGACUCCUUGGAUGACACUCAUUCAACGAUGGAUCAUGUAAGGUUUGCGUCAGAGAUAUACGUAGAUGAAACUUAUAGUGGGCUGGAUUAUGAAAGAGCAGAUCCAGAAGAUGAUGGCAAGGGCGACUCGGGCGUAUCUAAUUUUAAUAAUAAUUCAAUUAAAUUGGAAGUGAAUCAUUACAAAAGAAAUGAAAUGUUUGUUCAUCCAGAUAGCAGACGUAAUACUCAUUUCUUUAGAUAA